GUAAUCACAUUCAAUCAGUAUGUCAGUAUGUCUAUGUAAAUGGUGUAGUGAAGACGUCUCGUUGGUUGAAUGAAAAACACCGCGAGAACAAGUUCGAUUAGUAUAUAUAAAGAAAAAGUUGUUACAUCAAAUAUAUAUUCAAGUGACAAUUUGAAGAAAACAUGCCUUCGAGCGCGGAAGCGUUCGUGGACGCCCUGCUCACGCAGGAAGCGCUAGACCAGCCUUCAGACAAAGUAAAGCCAGAAGAACUGGUGCUAGAACUACCAAAAUGGUUCGAUGAAGAGAAAUUUAACAAAGGCCGACGAUUUUACCUGGACAACUGCUUCGCGAUGUCAUCAUCAAUGUUGUUGGGAUUGGUUGCCGUGUUCUCAAUACCGUCCAUUCUGCGGAUAUUGGUGGGGACGCGACGAUCCAACUCAGUGUAUACUGCGUACAGGAGAUACCUCUCCACACUGCUACAUACUAUAUCCUGGUUCGAAAACGAACUGAAGCCAGGAAGCAUAUCAUGGAAAUCGCUAUACGCAGUGAGAAGUCGACAUUUAAGGGCGGGACUAGCUUCAAAGAUCAAGGGAAUGGGCGUAGUGUCGCAAAGGGACUUGGCCCUUACUCAAUUUGGUUUUAUCGGGUUCUCUAUGCUGAAGCCAGACAAGUUCGGCAUCAGGCAGCUGCAUGAAGACGACUGGGAAGCCUACAACUACACCUGGAAAGUCCUCGGGUACAUGAUCGGCAUUGAAGACAGGUACAACAUCGUCCGUGAUACAUUCGAUGAGACGGUGGAAGUAUGCAAGCUUCUUCAAGAACGAGUGUACACGCCGUGCUUGGAGAAUGUUCCUGAAUACUUUGAGCACGCAGCGCGAGUCAUGUUGGAGGGUUUGUGGACCAUCAAUCCGACAAUCGAGACCGAUGGCCUCCUGUACUGGUGUCGCGUACUGGCUGAUGUACCCGGCUACAUUUACACUGAAGCCGAAAGGAUAGAAUUCCAAAGGAAAAUUAAGGAAAAACUGAAGGGGAAGUCUCUUGAUACUGGGGUGGAUUCUAUGGAGUUUAUGUGCAAACCAGCCAUAGACGGCCUUCCGACGAUCCCGCCGCGCCUGCUCUACUACAAAGACUUCAACACCAUCGAGACAUCACCUUACUACAAACACCUAACUUUCAAGGCCAAAUACAAGAUGUACAUGUACAAUCUGUAUUCGACCCUAUACACCUCAUAUUUAGGCAGACUUUACAUCAACCUCAAUUUCUGGUUCAGCGUGUUCUUAAUGAGAUACUUCCCAUACUUGGCUUUCUUCAAGUUUGGCAUCAAAAAUUCUCUAGUGAAUAUUUUCGAAGAGGAUCCGACGGACGAGACAAAGCCGGUCACUAACGCGGAGUAUUUAAAGAACCGUAAACCUGAGCCGUGGUACAGUGCCGCUCUUAGCUUAAUUUGGUAGUACACGAUUAUCUACUUUUUGACUAAGCAAAUAAGUGAUUAAAUCGAUAAAUACUUAUAAUGAUAAGUUACACGAGCCGUUUGUGUGUGUGACGUAACAAAGCGGUGUGCAAACAGAUACGUUUGUAUCCAACCUUUGUAUUAGUAUUACUUAGAUAUUUAUUGAACUGACUUGUGAGACGGUGAUGGGAAUUAAGCUGGGACAG